UUCAGAUUUGUUGCUGUUAAGUCACAUGGUCCAGCAAUCACCCUGUACAUAACCAACACAAAUGAUGGCACAAAGUAUUCUGUAGACUUGACCUUGGCUAUCAAAUUCAUUAACUGGCCCGAUGAAGCUAUUGAGUGGAUUACAAGGCGACCGGGACCUAGCCUGGGUUUCUCCCGAGGUAAGUACAGUUUACGUAAUCUCCCGUAGCAAAAGGUAUCCUGGUGAAUUCCCUGUCGCUUUAUUUGUGUUGAGUAAAAGAGUGCCUUUUUCCUUAUAUGUUUUCACUUUCAUGUUGCUAAUGAUUCGGUAAAUGUAGAUAGUCCCCCCUAUACAUACUCUCAGUUCUACGGAAGUUCGUUGCCCCUCUCAGGAUCCCCCCAGAUAACCACUCGGAUUAUCGUUUGAGCCAUGCAGAUGCAGAAACCCAUGUUCACAGGGAGAAUGCUCGUUUUAUCGGUAACAAUUGUUGUUAUUUUUCUACUUGGUAAUUUAGGUUGGCCUAAUUCACUCUUACAAGAAAUUCGUGACGGUGGUUGUCAUCUUGUUGCAAAACAACCAAAAGGAGACAACGUUCCAGAAGAUGAAAACGGAAUUUUCUGGAGAUUUUCUUUCUCUGCAGCUGAAAAAAAGCUGUUUCUCCUCGGAGGCAACGGUGAAGCCAGCUCUUGCCGCAAACAGGUUUUAAGAAUUUUGAAGGCCCUGAGAGAGGAGUUGCAUCUUCAUCCAUUGACAUCAUAUCACCUCAAAACCAUCUUGUUACACGAAUGUGAAGCUUAUCCACAUCCAAACCAAUGGAGCUAUGAUAGUUUAAGUGAGCGAUUCCUUAGCUUUCUACAGAGACUGGAAGACUGUUUGAGACAGUUCAACUGCCCUCAUUACUUCAUCACACAUUUAAAUUUGUUCGAAUUCUUCGGUCGCCAAAGAUGUGAUGAAUUGGCUAAAAAAGUAAAGGAGAUAAAACUUCAUCCAGAGGAGGUCUUAAUAAACCUUAUCAAGUAA